UCGAGUGUUACUUCCCCUAAAGCUGUGAAUAACAUGCAUGGUUACCGACAGCAUUCGAAGCCAUGGAUUGUUGCCAAGCGUUUUCUAAACGUUUCCGAUUAAAAGAGCACUCAGCAUCACCCGUCUCUCCGGAUAAAAUGGUAUCUGAAGGGGAGAUCUAAGUCAGAGAGCAAGAUCUUGUAAAGUAAACUGCUUUUGACCCUGCUUUGACCUGUGAGGACUCACUCCUGAGCUUUGUCACCUUCGAACAACAUGUCAAUCAUGGACCACAGCCCCACCACCGGAGUGGUUACCGUCAUAGUGAUUCUCAUUGCCAUAGCUGCUUUGGGUGCCCUAAUCUUUGGAUGUUGGUGCUACUUGCGCCUGCAGCGCAUCGGUCAAUCUGAGGAUGAGGAGAGCAUUGUGGGUGAGGGCGAGACCAAGGAGCCCUUUUUACUGGUCCAAUACUCGGCCAGGGGCCCGCGGGUCGAACACAAGACCAAACUCACUCCCAACGGCACCGAAAGUCACGGCUAACUCACCUUUUUCUUUUUUUUUUUCUCCCCAAAUCUGCAUCCCACCCCCUCCCCCUCCUGCUUGCUGUUCAUGUAUUUCAGAACACGUGAGGUUUGGCACUAAAUGAUGGUCUCCCUUGUUUUUAAAAAGAUGAGUAGUGG